UUUCCAUCUGUGGACACGUCGGUCGGUCAGCGGAGCAUUUUCCGAGCGAUACCACAAAAAAAGAAGAGAAAUAUCCAACGUGAAAAAAGACAAUUGUGUUGGUGUGAGUGCGUGUUUGUGUUGGUGAGCUCAUAAAAGAUUCAACAGCCUGCCGAGCUAAAAAAUAAAUAAAAAGAUAACAACGUGGGUUUGGCAAAAAAAAAAUUAUACACAAAUAGCCACAAAGAAACAGCGAAAAAAUAAUGCAAAAUAAGUGUUAAAUAAAACAGCUACAAGGUGCAGUCGUCGCCUUUAAGCGCCACUUGAUGCCAUCGUGACACACAAAGGCGUAUCCAUUGAAAAGGCAAUUGACGAGAAGGAGAACGAGAACGAGAUCGAAAACGAGGUAACCAGGGGGCGGCGGCGAUGACACUGACGCAUCCAAAGACGUCGCCACCCAGAUGACGGGCAGGCAUCAGCAGGAGGAGCCGAAUUAGGUGCACCACCACAGCCCCGAGGACAAAACAAACCGAUCAACGUGUCAACGUUUUAACGCGUCGAGGAGAAUGCAAAUAGGCGCCAAGAACAGCAGCAAAAGCAGCAACAACCGCCUCCAACCACCAGAGCCUCAGCCUGAGCCUGAGCCACCCAGCAACCAUCUAGGCCAACAUGGCGGAUGCGGACGAUAGCAAGAGUGGGAGCGGUGGCAGUGGUGGCAGUGGGAGUGGCGCCGAAUCCCUGCAGCUGCUGACCAAACUGGACAAGGCCGUCUCCACCAACGAUGUGCUGCUGGAUCUCCAAAGAGCGCUCACCUACGAGGCUGUGUUCAGCACUCUGGUGGAGCACAAGAUGCAGGCCCUCAAGCGGGACUACGAGGAGCACAAGAAGGCGAAGCGGCGCAAGCGGAAGUCCAUCGGUCGCAUCUUUCUGCCGCGAAAGCUCUUCGGAAGCGGCAGUCGCCGUUCCAGCAGGGAGGAUACCCCGCCACCAGAGGAGCCCCAAGUGCAUAAAUCACCACCAACCACAAGUAGCAGCAAGACAAAGGCCAAGACAAAAGCCAGAACCAGGACCGAUGACAUCGAGGAGGCCAGCGGUUCGGUGGCCAGUUUGCAGCGAUCUCAUCCCAAGCGGCCGGAGAACUUGGAGGACAGCCUGGCCAGCACGGUGAGCAAUUCCUCGGGUGCCCAGCGGCAGCACAGGCAUAGCCACAGUUUACUGGUUCGCGCCCAGACCCACACGCCUGCACACCAGGUUGAGAUGGAUGCGGAGCGGAGAUCCAUCGGCUCGGAGGCCCAGCUCCCUGCCAAACAUUCCACAACGAUCAACGGCGAGUCGGAACUACUGCCCCCGAUCUCCGGACACGACAAUACCUCGACGACUGCCACAGCAACUGCCACAGUGACCGCCACGGGAGGAGGCACCACUUCCGGAGGAGGCGGAGUAGGGGGAGGAGUGCUCCACAGCUCCACGCUGGCGGACGACAGCCUGACCGCCUCGCUGCGCGGCAGCCUCGAAAGCCUCUCGUACAGCAGUUCCCGCUGCACCGUCAGCUUUGGCGGAGCGGAGGUGAUUGCCGCUCCUGGGACGGAGGCGGAGUCCAGGGAGCGGGCGCGACUGGCCAAGAGACUGAGGAUCCUGGAGGCCAAGUCGAUCAGCGCCCAGUGCAGUCCCAUCUUCCCCAGGCACGUGGUCCGCUCGUUUCCGCUGCAGUCGCCCCAACAAGCGCGUUUGCACAUCAAUGUUCCCUCCAGUUUGGCCAAGAUUCAGCCUCAGCCGCAGUUGCAGUUGCAGCAGCAGCAACAACAGCAACAGCAACCCCACGUGGCCUUGGAGAUUGAAACGCUGCCAGCUCCCCUUCCCCAGCGAAGGCGUCUGCUGCCCAAGCAAAUAUCCUACACGGAAAGUGGAGCAGCUGGGGAUUUUGGAGUGGGAGCGGGAGGAACAGAGGCCUUCACCCGAUACUUCUCCCGCCAGAACACCUCGGAGGAUAGCGCCAAUGUGACGGUGAGCACGGUGUUGGCCCAAAGCGACUCCCAGUCGCUGCAUGCCACGCCCAGCUAUGCAAAUACGCCCCCGGCAACGGGCGGCAGGAAUCAGGAGCGCCGCAAGUCCCGCAGCACUGGACUGUUGGCCGUGCGUCCGCCAUUUGGCGUGGAUCCCAGUGCCGUGGUGAUUCACAUGGAGGGACGUGGCGAGGAGAGGGCCAGGACGAGGACUCUGCUGCCCGAGAAGCUGCACCGGAUGACCUCAACGUCGACGGGCUCCAGUGUGGCCGCCACCGGUUGCUGCAGUGCGGCAAAGCCGAAGGAGAAGCCCAGUGAAAGCUUCAGGCCCGCCGCGAUGCCUUCCGCGGCAGCAAUGACAACGGCCCAGAGCACGGGCAGCGACGAUGAGUACCGCCGGCGGAAGCGGAAGUACAAGCGCCAUCAUCGCUGCUCGGAUCCCGCUUUGGUCUAUCCCACGCCCAGUGGUCUCCAGCACUAUGUGCACGUGCUCGGCAUCAAUCCGGACACUCAGCAGCCCAUACAAUGCCCGUACGGUGAGGACUCGCCCUGCGACCUGCAGCUCGACAUGGACAUGGACAUGGACUUGGAUCUGGAUAACGACAAAAUGGACGACCUUGAGCAGAUGGUCCCCAGUGGUCAUCAGCGGCAUCGCCGAAAGCAUCGACAUCGCCACAAAAAGCGACAUCGGCACAAAAAACCCAAGAUUCUCGUGCAGGACUUGGACACAGAGGUUGUUAAGGUGAUUGAUCCUCAUGAUCUGUCGCAGCGUGCCCGCUGGACAAUAAUUGCCACCGCCUGUUUAUUGUUGCUCAUGUGCCUCAUGUUAAUAGGGGUUACUUUGCGGAUGGCACCCAUCAUCGAUGAUAUGGUGCGACAGGAAAACGAGCGGAGCUACCGCGAGAAUCUGGAGCGCACCUUGAUGAUGAAGAACCGCACCGAGCUGAAUCUGCAGCGCCACCAGAUGGAGAUGCAGAUGCAGAUGCACGUCGUUCCAUGAGCGUUCCGAGCGGAAGGAAGGAAGUGACACCGCUGCACCAGAUGCGACCGGAUGAGAUGUCAGCGGGAGCUGCUGGAAAUGUCAGCGGUUCGCAACAAGUUUGUGGCAGGAAGCCGGAGGACCCUUCUUGUCCCGUCCUCUUCGCCAACCUCCCCCUCCCCCCACCACAACCACACCCCCAAAACUCCCUUUUUGCCCAGCCCUAAUCAAAGUUAUGCGCACAAAAGCUACAAAGAAUAACAAAGAAUACAAGAAAUCAAAACAAAAGAAAAUUGUUAACUAAAAUAUAAAUGAGGAUGGAGCACUCCGAAGUGCUCGACUAAAGCUAAAAAUAAUGCUAAUUGUAGUUAAGUCUGCCCACGCGGAAAUCACUUGUUUUGUAUCUAACUGAAAGGUAGACUCCACUUAGAGCAAACAAAAAAAAAUCAAAUAGAAUGGUCGAAGAAAAAUUAAAAGUGAUGCAGUUUAGUCGAUAGUUAAAAACGUUGUUUAUAGAGUUACUUCGAUGGCAUUUUAAAUGUUAGGUCAGGGACGUUCUGGUGUUUAAGCUCGCCUAAAAUUAUUUUCUAGUGACUUUAUACCACCUGGAAAUGUUUUUAAAAUUAUGCAAGCGUAGUUUUUAUUCCAAAAACCCCUUUGUACAAAAAUAGUUUGUACUUCUUUUUCACAGCAUAAUUUUGAGCACAGUUUUAAGUGGUUUCAAAUCACUAUUGGAUUUAAUUUUUUAAGUUGUUUAAGUACUUGUAAAAGUUAUAAAUUCAGAAAUAAAAUUACUGCAAUCCUGUUGUUUGAAUUGUUUCCAGAGAAAUUGUUUACCAGAACGGACUCGAUUGUCCCGUAAUUAUUGUGCUUAGGAUAUGAUCUAGUUGAGGCUGCAGGACGACGCCAACUGGAAGGAGCAAUUAAGCGAAAGGUUUCGAUUGUUCAGUUGAUUAGCCAAAUGGUUUCAAUUUUUUCUUUAGCAGAGCUUGCCUCCUUUGGUUAUCCCACCCGAAAACUCCCCCCAAGAAUGGCGUCGACUGGGCAGCUGGCGAGUGGAAAAAAGUUGGUCAAUAGUUAUGUCUGAAACUAAGUUGUUAACUGAAAAGUACUCCUAAGUAAAUGUUAAUAGCCAUAAACAACAGAAAAGUUUUUGUAUCUCUUAGAAGACGUUGAAGAAGAGGUGGUGGAAAAGCGCAACCAAAAGUAUCCAGUAUUCCACGAUACAUUUUGAGUAAAAAUACGAUUUUCAUAGGUUAACAAUAAUUGUAAAAACAAAAAAAAAAGCAGCAAAGGAACAUUCAAUAGAUUUACUCGUAAUUGGAACACACAACUUGUGCCAAUGAAAACUUAAGGAAUCCUAAUGAGAACCUGCAAAAUAAGUGGCAUAGCGUAAUUUAAUAAACAAUUGAAAAUAAUAAACAAGGAAAAGUUAGAUAAUUAGCGGAUCGAUGUGAAACUGUUACUUAAGUGCAAAACGAGCUUGUUGUCGAAUUAAUUUUUAAAUGGAUUUAAACUAAGUGAAACUAAGCUAAAUGUUAAAUGUUUUUUUAGGUGUUCAAUGUUAUAAUUAAUUUGUGGUCGAGCAGCCGAAAUGAGGUAGAAUUGAUUGCCCAGCCUUUACCAAAUGAAUAAUUUUACGAACCUGUGCUAACUCAGUUGCAAAGUUUAACGACAAAAUUUAGCUUGAAGCAAACUUCUAUCGGUUUCAGCCAACUGAGCGUUGAAAGCUUGAAUACAAAGUGGUGAACGAACUUCCCUGACCGCCCAUCUCCCUGCCCAAUUAACAAUUAUCCGGAAUUGUAUUUUCAAGCGCAAAUGUUUCUUAAUAUUCACCCGGAUGCGCAAAGGCAAUUUAAUAGGUUUUUGGAUUCUGGCGUGAAAUUAAUUUGAGAUCCACAGAUAAGAAAAUUACUUUGUUUCCACAAAGCUUGCACGUGUAUAUAUGUACCGGCAUAGAUAAAUACAAAGAGAAAAAUAACAAACUGCUGAUACUUUGAUCAAAAAUUGAAUUUCCAAAUAUUUAUUUAAAACGAAUCUUAACCCCUCAUAAAAACAGCUUUAAUUAAUGUUUGGCAGAGGAAAUCAAUUAUUAUUGAAUUGUAAUGCUUAACCAAAACGACGGAUAAUUUCAACGUAAAACAUUUCAUAGGGAUAAAGAAAAUUCAUCGAGCAUCUCUGUACUUUAUUCUGUUUAGUUUAAUCAUUAAGAAAGCGAAUUUUUGGCUUACAACUUUAAAAUUCCCACUAUUCUCAGUAUACAAAUUUCUUGGGGCAGAUGGCAAGCAGGGAAGCAGAAGUUCAACGAUGGGCAGGAUGAAAACAAAUGGAAAGCUUUAAAUUAGCUCAAUAAAUUGUAAACUUAAACAUUUAAUCUACUUAGAGCGGAUCGUUGUUAAAUGCAAUGCAAGUACGUCGAAGACAGAGACUCACACACCUCAUUCAGAUUUGUAAGAUUUGCAUUUCGGUCUAGGAAUCAAUUUCAUAUUUGACCUGACACAGAGGCUAAACAAAUUCAAAUUUACGCAAGGCAACCGCAAAGGAUACUUAAUAUAAACAAUCAAGAAAAACAUUGUACUUAGUAAUUGCAUUUAACAAGUGGGAAAGAGAAUAUUUACUAGGUUCGCAUAAUUGAUUUAACUGCAUGCUUAAACUAACGAAAGUAAACGAGAUAUUAACUGAAUGGAGGUAAAAUAAAAACCUAAUUAAAACAAUACAAAUAAUGUCUGUAAUUAUGGCUAGCUAAGUGUAAAAAUGUAAGCUGAAUUAUUAUACAACCAACUACAAUCGAAGCAAGUAAAUUGAUGUAAUUGAAAUACUCGUAACGUUUUAGGGCAAAAUACCAAUGAAUAAUGACACAGGUUAAACACAAACACGCAGCAAGAAUAAAUUAAUGAAUAACGAAAUUAUUUCUCGAGAAAAAAUCAAACUUUUUAGCCUUUGAACGAGAGACUUUUGGUGCCCAAUCCAGUUUGAGCAAUUAUUUACAAAUGAAAAAAAAUAACGAAACACAAAGAAAGACACACACAACAGAAACACACACACAUGCAGAUGUAUUGUAAAUAGAACAGCAAACAAAAUGAAUAAAUACCAAGUAGGUACAUAAAUAAAUAAAUAAUGAGAAGGCUUAUCCAAGUAAAUCAACAUUAAAUAAAUUAACAACGGAAAUCAAAGAAAAACAGGUAAUACUUCAACUUGUGUGCAAGGAAUCAACUUUUACUGUUAAUUGUUGCUGGCAAUGCAAAACGCAAAGCCAACCGAAAAACGAAAAAACGAAAUUACAAAAAUAAACCAUGAAAAAUGCAAAACAAAUAUAUUUAAAAAUACAUUUGAACGCCUUCAGCGUUUUAUUCAUCAAGCAAGAAAUGUUGAAUCGAAAGAAAAAGUCAAACAAAAGCCAUACAAGCGAUAAAUCAAUUUGUGUCACCUGUGUAGUAAGUAUAUCUCAGUAUUUGUAACUGAAAAUGAAAACGCGUUGAAGUGCAGGCAUCAACCACAACAACAACAACAACAAAGAAAAAUCAAAUGAAAAUAAACUGAAUUUACAAGUG